UGGAAAGGGUUAGAUCGCGUUAUUCUCGAACCGUUGUUUCUAUGUGCUGUCUCCGUUGUAUGGGGGUGUGAGGUACUUCAUUCCCACAGGAAAACCACCAUUUCCCGUCGUGGAUUCGUUUCCCAUAUUUAGAAAAAUAAUUCGUUUGUGUGGUGUAGUGUGUGUGUGUGCGUGUGUAUGCGUAAAGCACGGAUAGGGCGCCAGACGGUGGCCCCGAAAUGAUCUUUUUUCCCUACUUUUUCUUUGCUGUGGGGAACAGUUAAUCGAAGAGGAAAAUUUAACCGACGCUUGGCUCCCGGCCAGUCUCUAGUGUGUGUUUGUGUGCGUGUGUGUAAAGUGUGUAUGUGCGUUUGUUGAGUAGAUCGUGUCCCAUUAAUGGGCGAUUAAAUUUAAAGUGAAACGAGCGAGCCUCCGGACUGUGCAAAAGAAUCAUUGGUUCCAUCGAAAGUAUUGAUUUUUCUCCCUUUUGCUUGGGGGAGAAUUUUCUGCUGGGAGUCAGAAAUUUUUCACACUCGCCUGUGUCGCGAGCGAAUGUGUUUGAUAGUUGGCAAAAGUGAGAUGGAAAAUGCGAAAGAGAACAAAACACACGAACGGUGUACAAGAGAGAGCGAGCGAGCAGUGCUUUUCUUUUUCCCGUCAUUUGUGAUGAGAAAGAGACGGAAUGUGCUGAGCAUGAGCAGGGUAGCUACUGCAUAAAGUGAGUUUUUCCGGUAGGGUGUGUGGCGCGAUAGUGUGCGUGUGGCUCGCCAGCAAGAACGAAACGGAACAGAGCGUAAAGGGAAGAAAAACACACAACGAACAAGGAAAAUUUCUGUGGUGUGCGCGGGGUGGUAUCAUCUUCGCUGGCGAGAAGAUUUUUCCUUGGCCAAAAUCGAGCGUCAACGCCAAAGAUUGGAGUGCUGCGUGCGCUUGCGUUUAAUUCACUGCGUGUGGAAGUUGGCCGUGUGUGGUGUUUGUGAAUGUGUCCGAUGUGUUUGGAGAAAAAGGGAAAAUCGGUAGGAAAUUUAUGAUAUAAAAACUGUAAUACUGAACGUGCACUAGUGAAGAAAGAAGAAACUACAUAAAACUCCCCUUUUAUCUAAGCGAGGAAGGAAGGAAGAAAAUAGUGACUAUUUCCUUUUCCAUUGCUUCCUAAUAAUGACGACUGACAUUUCCGUAGUACGAUGGGACCCUAGCCAGGGUCCUGGAAAUGAAUUUAUCGAAGAUAUCGAAUACGACGGAGGAAACUCCAGUUCCCGUUUAUUCGAACGAUCACGCAUCAAGGCGUUAGCAGAGGAACGUGAAAGUGUUCAAAAAAAGACAUUCACAAAAUGGGUCAACUCGCACCUUGUUCGGGUGAACAGUCCGAUCAAAGACCUGUAUGUCGAUAUGCGGGAUGGCAAAAACUUGAUCAAGCUGCUAGAGGUACUCUCGGGUGAGCGAUUGCCACGGCCAACGAAGGGCAAGAUGCGUAUCCACUGUCUGGAAAAUGUGGACAAAGCGCUGCAAUUUUUGCGUGAACAGCGUGUCCAUUUGGAAAAUAUCGGUUCGCACGAUAUUGUCGAUGGUAACGCUAGUUUGAACCUGGGCUUGAUCUGGACAAUCAUUCUGCGCUUCCAGAUUCAAGAUAUUACUAUAGAAGAAACGGACAACAAAGAGACCAAAUCUGCCAAGGAUGCGUUGCUGCUGUGGUGUCAAAUGAAAACUGCCGGUUAUCAUAAUGUAAACGUGCGCAACUUUACCACCUCGUGGCGUGACGGAUUGGCGUUCAAUGCAAUUAUACACAAGCACCGGCCGGACUUGAUACAGUUCGACAAGCUGUCGAAAACAAAUCCGAUCCAGAACUUGAACAAUGCAUUCAACGUCGCGGAAGAGAAGCUUGGCCUGACGAAGCUGCUCGACGCGGAAGACAUCUUCGUCGAUCAUCCGGACGAAAAGUCAAUCAUUACGUACGUCGUGACGUACUAUCACUACUUCAGCAAGCUGAAGCAGGAAACGGUACAGGGCAAGCGUAUUGGCAAGGUGGUCGGUAUUGCGAUGGACAACGAUCGCAUGAUCAACGAGUACGAAUCGUUGACGAGCGAGCUGCUGAAAUGGAUUGAAGUGACGAUCGUGCAGUUGGGCGAUCGGCAUUUUGUCAACUCGCUCGUAGGCGUACAGCAACAGCUGGCACAGUUCUCCAACUAUCGCACGGUCGAAAAGCCGCCGAAGUUUGUCGAGAAGGGCAACCUCGAGGUGCUACUGUUCACGCUCCAGUCAAAGAUGAGAGCAAACAAUCAAAAACCGUACACGCCCAAGGAGGGUAAGAUGAUUUCAGAUAUCAACAAGGCCUGGGAACGUUUGGAAAAGGCUGAGCACGAGCGUGAACUGGCGUUGCGCGAGGAGUUGAUCCGCCAGGAGAAGCUAGAGCAGCUUGCAGCCCGCUUCAACCGCAAAGCUACGAUGCGUGAAACCUGGCUGUCCGAGAACCAGCGUCUGGUUAGCACGGAUAACUUUGGCUUUGAUUUGGCUGCAGUCGAAGCAGCCGCCAAAAAGCAUGAAGCUAUCGAAACGGACAUCUUUGCGUACGAGGAGCGAGUGCAAGCUGUGGUUGCAGUUUGCAACGAGCUGGAAGCCGAAAAGUAUCACGAUAUUGAGCGCAUUGCUGCCCGCAAGGAUAAUGUGCUGCGUCUGUGGAACUACCUGAUCGAGCUGCUCCGUGCUCGACGCAUGCGCCUCGAGUUCUCCAUUCAGCUACAGCAGAACUUCCAGGAGAUGAUCUACAUUCUGGACUCGAUGGAGGAGAUCAAGCAACGUUUGCUGACGGACGAUUACGGCAAACAUCUGAUGGGUGUAGAGGACUUGCUGCAGAAGCAUUCGCUCGUCGAGGCGGACAUCAACGUGCUUGGUGAUCGUGUGAAACAAGUUGUACAAAAUUCGCAGAAGUUCUUGGUGGACGAGGAGGAUAACUACAAACCGUGCGACCCAUCGAUCAUCGUCGAUCGCGUCCAGCGUCUGGAGGAUGCGUACGCCGAACUGUGCAAGCUCGCUGUCGAACGUCGCUCCCGGUUGGAGGAGAACCGCAAGCUGUGGCAGUUCUACUGGGACAUGGCUGAUGAGGAGAACUGGAUCAAGGAGAAGGAGCAGAUUGUGUCGGCAGAUGAGAUUGGUCACGAUUUGACGACGGUUAACUUGCUGUUGUCGAAACACAAGGCGCUCGAAUCGGAGAUACAGUCGCACGAACCGCAACUGACGGCCGUCAGCGAGGUUGGAGAUGAGCUGGUGCGCCGUGGUCACUUCGGUGCAGAUCGUAUCGAUGAGCGUUUGAAGGAAAUCAUGGCUAUGUGGAGCAAUUUGCGCCAGCUGACAGACAACCGUCGCAAGCGGCUAGAAGAUGCGGUAGAUUACUUCCAGCUGUUUGCCGACGCAGAUGACAUCGAUAACUGGAUGUUGGACGCUUUGCGGCUGGUAUCGUCCGAGGAUGUGGGUCGCGAUGAAGCAAAUGUGCAGAGUUUGCUUAAGAAGCACAAGGACGUUGCGGACGAGCUGAAGAACUACGCCGAAACGAUCGAACAGCUGCAUGCUCAGGCCGAUCGCUUGACGCUUAACCCUCCGGAACAGGAGAAGGUACGCGAGCGUCUCGCUGCGAUCGAUGCCCGCUACAAGGAGCUGAUGGAGUUGGCCAAGCUGCGCAAACAGCGACUGCUGGAUGCUCUCAGCCUGUACAAGCUGAUUUCCGAAAGCGACGGUGUCGAGCAAUGGAUCGGAGAAAAGGAACGCAUGUUGCAGACAAUGGUCCCGGGCAAAGACAUCGAAGAUGUGGAAAUCAUGAAGCAUCGUUACGACGGAUUCGACAAAGAAAUGAACGCCAAUGCGUCUCGCGUCGCUGUAGUGAACCAGCUUGCCCGACAGCUGUUGCAUGUGGAGCAUCCAAAUUCACAGGAAAUUCUAGAGAAACAGAACCACCUGAACAACUCCUGGUCGAAGUUGCGCGAGCAAGCGGAAAGCAAGCGCGACGAUCUGAAAUCGGCUCACGGUGUGCAGACGUUCUACAUCGAAUGUCGCGAAACGGUGUCGUGGAUCGAGGACAAGAAGCGCAUCCUCACCGAGACGGACAGUCUACAGAUGGAUUUGACCGGUGUGAUGACGCUGCAGCGCCGUCUGAGCGGUAUGGAACGCGAUUUGGCCGCUAUCCAGGCGAAGCUGACGGCGCUCGAGAACGAAGCCGACGCAAUCGAGGGUGAACAUCCGGAGGAGGCCGCAUUGAUCCGCGAGCGUGUGGCACAGAUUCAAACCAUCUGGGAACAACUGACCCAGAUGCUGAAGGAGCGCGAUUCCAAGCUGGAGGAGGCUGGCGAUUUGCACCGUUUCCUACGCGAUCUGGAUCACUUCCAGGCAUGGUUGACCAAGACACAGACGGAUGUCGCUUCCGAGGAUACGCCAACAUCGCUGCCCGAGGCUGAGAAACUGCUCAACCAGCAUCAGAGCAUCCGCGAAGAAAUCGACAACUACACCGAGGACUACAAGAAGAUGAUGGAGUACGGCGAGGGUCUCACGUCGGAGCCAACGCAAACCGAGGACCCGCAGUACAUGUUCUUGCGCGAGCGUCUGAAGGCGCUGAAGGAUGGCUGGGAGGAACUGCACCAGAUGUGGGAAAAUCGUCAGGUGUUGCUUUCCCAAGGUUUGGAUCAGCAACUGUUCAACCGCGAUGCCCGCCAGGCCGAGGUACUGCUCAGCCAACAGGAGCAUGUGCUUAGCAAGGAUGAUACCCCGGUCAAUCUGGAACAGGCCGAAAAUCAGCUGAAACGUCACGAAGCGUUCCUCACGACAAUGGAAGCUAACGAUGAGAAGUUCAAUACGAUCGUCCAGGUUGCGGGUCAGAUGACGAGCAAGGAUCAUUUCGACGCAGACAAGAUCACGAAGCGUGCCGAAAGCAUUGCACACCGGCGUGACGAUAACCGUAACCGUGCGCUGGAACUGCACGAGAAGCUAAAGAACCAGGUGAAACUGCACGAGUUCUUGCAGGAUAUUGAAGAGCUGACGGAGUGGGUGCAGGAGAAGUACAUCACCGCACAGGACGACACUUAUCGCAGCGCCAAGACGGUGCACUCGAAAUGGACCCGACAUCAGGCGUUUGAGGCAGAAAUUGCCGCUAACAAGGAGCGUCUGCAUGAGGCGAAGAAGGCCGCUCAGGAGCUCAUGGUGGAGAAGCCGGAGUUCAAGGAAAUUAUCGAACCGAAGCUGACGGAUCUGUCGAAGAACUUCGACGAGCUGGAAACCAGUACCAAGGAAAAGGGUGCCCUUCUGUUCGAUGCCAAGCGUGAAGUGAUUGUGCAGCAGAGCGUCGACGAUAUCGAUUCGUGGAUGGACGACCUAGAGAAGCAGAUCAUCAACACAGACACUGGCAACGAUCUAACCUCGGUGAACAUUCUCAUGCAGAAGCAACAGAUCAUCCAAACACAGAUGGCCGUGAAGGCUCGCCAGGUGGAGGAGCUUGACAAACAGACGGAGGUACUGACGAAGACUGCCCCGUCCGAUGUGGUCGAACCGAUCGUGGAGAAGAAGACGGCAGUAAAUGCACGUUUCGAAAAGAUCAAGGCACCACUGUUGGAACGCCAACGGCAGCUAGAAAAGAAGAAGGAAGCGUUCCAGUUCCGCCGAGAUGUCGAGGACGAAAAGUUGUGGAUCGACGAGAAGAUGCCGCUGGCCGAAUCGACCGAAUAUGGCAACUCGCUGUUCAAUGUGCAUGUGCUGAAGAAGAAGCACCAGUCGCUGAAUACGGAAAUCGACAACCACGAGCCACGCAUCAUGACGAUCUGCAACAAUGGUCAGAAGCUGAUCGACGAAGGUCACGAAGAUGCGGGCUCUUACGCCGAUCUGAUCAGCCAGCUGACGCAGAAGUGGCAGGAGCUGAAGGAUGCGGUCGAAAACCGUCACCGCCAGCUGGACCAGUCGGAGAAGGUGCAGCAAUACUUCUUCGAUGCGGCUGAAGCGGAAUCGUGGAUGAGCGAACAGGAGCUGUACAUGAUGGUGGAGGAUCGUGGCAAGGACGAAACAUCGGCCCAGAAUCUGAUGAAGAAGCAUGAAAGUCUGGAACAAUCGGUGGAAGACUAUGCCGACACUAUUCGCCAGCUGGGUGAAACCGCACGUCAGCUAACGACCGAACAGCACGCGUACAGCGAUCAGGUAUCGGUGAAACAGUCGCAGCUGGACAAACUGUACGCUGGUUUGAAGGAUCUGGCAGGCGAACGUCGUGCCCGUUUGGAUGAGGCCCUGCAGCUGUUCAUGUUGAGCCGUGAGGUAGAUGAUCUGGAACAGUGGAUUACCGACCGUGAAGUGGUUGCAGGUUCGCACGAGCUUGGACAAGACUACGAUCACAUUACGCUGCUGUGGGAACGCUUCAACGAGUUCGCCCAGGAUACGGCCACCGUUGGCAGUGAGCGCGUCGCUAAGGCAAACGGUAUUGCUGACGAUCUUAUCCAUGCCGGCCACUCGGACAGUGCUACGAUCGCCGAAUGGAAGGACGGUUUGAAUGAGUCCUGGCAGGAUCUGCUGGAGUUGAUCGAAACACGCAAGGCGAUGUUGGCCGCUUCGCGCGAACUGCACAAAUUCUUCCACGACUGCAAGGACGUGCUGGGACGCAUUAACGAGAAGCAGCAUGGCGUUUCGGAGGAGCUGGGCCGUGAUGCGGGUGUCGUGUCGGCCCUGCAGCGCAAGCACCAGAACUUCAUCCAAGACCUGAUGACGCUACACGCGCAGGUGCAACAGAUUCAGGAAGAGUCGGCCAAACUGCAGGCGGCGUACGCCGGUGAGAAGGCACGGGAAAUUACGAACCGCGAACACGAAGUGCUAAAUGCGUGGGCCCAUCUGCAAGCGAUGUGCGAUGAGCGUCGUGGCAAGCUUGCCGACACCGGUGAUCUGUUCAAGUUCUUCAACAUGGUCCGCACGCUGAUGCUGUGGAUGGAGGACGUUGUGCGGCAGAUGAACACGUCGGAGAAGCCGCGCGACGUAUCGGGCGUCGAACUGCUCAUGAACAACCACCAAAGCCUGAAGGCGGAAAUUGAUACGCGCGAGGAUAACUUCAGCGCCUGUCUGGCGUUGGGCAAGGAACUGCUGUCCCGUAAUCACUACGCAUCGGCUGACAUUAAGGAUCGAUUGUUGCAGCUCACAAACAGCCGAAAUGCACUGCUACAUCGAUGGGAAGAGCGUUGGGAGAAUUUGCAGCUGAUUUUGGAAGUGUAUCAGUUCGCCCGCGAUGCUGCCGUCGCUGAGGCAUGGCUUAUCGCACAGGAACCGUAUCUGAUGUCAACCGAGCUGGGACACACUAUUGACGAGGUGGAGAAUCUAAUUAAGAAGCACGAAGCCUUCGAAAAAUCUGCCGCUGCCCAAGAGGAACGCUUUAGCGCAUUAGAGCGAUUGACAACGUUUGAGCUCAAAGAAAUGAAGCGUCGCCAGGAUGCAGCCGAGGAAGCAGAACGCCAGCGACUGGAAGCGGAAGCGGCCGCACGUGCCGCUGCCGAAGCAGAAGCCGAAGCAGCCCGACAGGCAGAAGCGGCCGCAGCGCGUGAUGCAGCCGAUGCACCAGGUUCACCACAUUCCACCCGCGAACAAGAGUCAGUUGCCGGUGAGACGUUCGUAUCGCGAAGGCAUUCCGGUACACCGAAGGAACGGUCCAGCAGUUCGGCAAGUGCAUCGGCCGGCGUUAAGGUCAGUCGACGGUCUCGCUCCAAAAGCCCGUUCCGGAGCUUCAGAUGGAAGCGUACCGCCUCGAAAGCGGACGAAGCGGCCUCCGAUGACGAAGAUCGUCCUAGUCCAGGUGGAGCAGAUGAAGGUGCACAGGAAGGAAUCCUUACACGCAAACACGAAUGGGAAUCGACUACGAAGAAGGCUUCGAACCGUUCCUGGGAUAAAGUCUAUUGUGUUGCCCGUAGCGGCCGGUUAACGUUCUUCAAGGAUCAACGAUCAGCAAAAUCGGUACCGGAGCAGACGUUCCGCGGUGAGCCACCGCUAGAGCUGAAGGGUGCUCAGAUCGAAAUCGCCAGCGAUUACACGAAGAAGAAGCACGUGUUCAGAAUCAAACUAUCGAAUGGCGGUGAAUUCCUGCUCCAGUGUCACGAUGAUUCCGAGAUGCAGCAAUGGGUAACGGCUUUGAAAGCACAAUGCGAGCUUGACGCUAGCGGCGAAGGUCGUUCGCUAACGCUGCCCGCUUCCUCUCAGAAGGAUGAACAGAAGAGACGGUCAUUCUUUACACUGAAGAAAAAUUAAGAAAAUUGCGAAAACAUACAUGAACUCGUUAAAAAAAAACAACAACAGAAAACCAGAACAAAAUACUACUACAACAUCAAGAAACAACUAAAUACAACCUACUACAG